UAAUUGUAAUUCUACAUAGUUCGAGGCUGAUUCCUAUUGAUCUAAUGGAAAACAAGAUAUUUCCGUAACAGCAUCUCAUCAUCCUAUACAUAUCAUAAUAUUUUCUGUUUUCUGAAAUGCGUACAUUAAUAUACUGCAGUAAAAAAAAAAAAAUUCUGCGCAGUUAUGUACUCUUAAUCACGACGAAAUGAAAAUAUAACAUUUCUGUGUGUAACGUUCAAAAAAAAAAAAAAAAAAAAAACGCGAAGAAAAGGCUUGUUUUGACUGGUCUUUCCUGGACAAUGACUUUCACCAAUUCCGUUUCAAUGCACGCCUGCAAACUUAUAAUAACAGCUCAGCUGCUCUGUGUAGCUUGUUCAGCUACAGUCGGGGGUGGACAGUCAUUUCUACCUAGAUUCCUAGGACAAGUAACAAACUUCACUGCAGCUGUUGGGAAGACAGCAGAACUAAGCUGUCGAGUCAGCAAUCUCACUAGAUACAAGGUCGCGUGGUUUCAUAUGGAUCGAAAGAUGCUCCUAACAAUCCAUACAACAGUGGUGACAAGAAUCCCCAGGUUCGGGGUAACAAGGGAUGAUGAGACCACGUGGACGUUGCACAUUGAUAAUGUAAAGCAGGAGGACAGCGGGCAGUACAUGUGCCAGAUAAACACUGAACCCAUGAAGAAGUUGAUUGGCUACCUUGACGUCGUUGUUCCCCCGGUGAUUGUGGACGACCGCAGCAGCAGAUCGAGUGUAAUAGUCCAAGAAAACGGAAAUGUGACAUUAAUCUGCCAGGCAGAAGGUAACCCUGAGCCUCGGAUCUCUUGGAUGAGAGAAGACAAGAAGCAAAUAUCUUUAAACAAGCGACGUAAAGUGGAGAAGCACGAAGGAUCCACCUUGGAGCUGAAAAAGGUAACACGAAGAGAUAUGGGAGCCUAUUUGUGCAUCGCUUCCAAUGGAGUCCCGCCGUCCGUCUCCAAACGGAUAGAACUCAAAGUCCAAUUUUCGCCGAUUGUUUUGCUCCCAAACCAGCUUAUGUCAGCGCCACUUGGCUCUUCUGUUUGGCUGGAAUGUAAGACCGAAGCUUACCCUCGCGCCGUCACCUUUUGGAAGCACAACCAAAGCAUGGUCAUGUCCACCAACAAGUACAAGCUGGAGGAGUAUCACGAAGAUGACUACACAACAACCGUUAAACUCACCAUAAAUGAGCUGGAGCCCGGAGACUUCGGCAAGUACCUGUGUUACUCGCGCAACUCCUUCGGGGAGAACGACGGGACGGUGGAGCUCCACGGUGAGUCCCGCACGCUUAUCACGCCAAAUACAUAUUCAUAA